AUGCUUUCGAGGGACCUAAAUGAUCCAUCAGCAAACGUCCAGGGUCGGUCGCAAGGUGGGCCAGAGCAGCCAACAGGCAGAAUUGGGCUGGCCAAUGUGGAAGAUAUCGUUGGAGAAAUUGCGUCUAUUCUCUAUUCCUAUUACCGCGAUGAAAUCCUCUCCAUACUCUCCCAAGAAGAUGCUACAAAGCACUACUCGGUGGAGAUGGACAUGAAGGACCUCGGGGAGAUCAAUCAGCAGAUUACAAUGUACACUUGCGAGUUUCCAACGUUGGUGCUCCCUCUUUACGACACUGCCCUUCAGCAUGCUCAAAAGCAUGCUCUGGCCACAACCCCUUUGGCCGGGCAUCUCAAGUUUAAACCCCGGGUCCACGUUCGAAUAUUUAUCGGUCCCCCCUUUGCACCCAAUGAGACAAACAUUCACCGUGUCCCUCGUAGCGACGAGGUUGGCAAGUGGCGUGUAUUAAAGGGGACAGUGGUGAGAACGGGUGCGGUGAGAAUGUUGGAAUCUGCCAAAGUUUUCCAAUGUACAAAGUGCGGUGCGCGAUGGGAGGUGCCAAGUGACAGAGAGCAGUUCAAUUUAGUGCCAAAACCAAGACGAUGCGCCUUCGAUGAUGGCAACAUGCUGCAGGGAUGCGCCGGUGCAAAAAUAAUAGAAGUCGACGUUGGGAAAGGUGCGCGACCGGACGUGUGCAAAGACUAUCAAGAAAUAAAGGUUCAAGAACCAGUAGAGAAAGUUGGUUUAGGGACCAUUCCUCGCUCAAUAGUGGUGAUACUGGAGGACGAUCUUGUGGACCAAUGUAAACCAGGGGAUGAUAUCUUUGUCACUGGCACGGUCAUACGUAGAUAUAAACCCUUCAAAGUGGAUGAGAGAUGCGAUAUCGAAAUUGCCCUAGUUGCGAAUCAUGUACGAGCGGUAAAUGAACAGCGACCGGCAAAUACCACAUCCGAUGAUGAAUUAAGACGAGAGUUUGAGUCAUUUUGGGAGCGAUGGCGCAAGGAAGGAGAAGUGCUGCGAGGACGUGACCUUUUACUUAAAAGCUUCUGCCCGAAGAUAUUCGGAAUGUAUAUUGUCAAGCUAGCGAUUAUGCUGGUGCUGAUAGGAGGCGUAGAAAUGCACCAAAGUGGAAUGAAAAUAAGGGGCGAUUGUCAUAUCCUAUUGGUCGGGGAUCCAGGAACUGGAAAGUCACAGUUUUUACGGUAUGCUUCCCGCGUAAGCCCACGUUCUGUGUUAACAACCGGCAUUGGUUCUACCAAUGCUGGGCUCACGUGCGCCGCUGUGAAGGACUCUGGUGAAUGGCAACUGGAAGCUGGGGCGUUAGUGCUUGCGGACAGAGGCUUAUGUUGCAUCGAUGAGUUUGGAAGUAUUAGAGAGCACGAUAAAACUGCAAUUCACGAAGCCAUGGAGCAGCAGACCAUUAGUGUCGCAAAGGCAGGGUUGGUUUGCAAAUUGAAUACUAGGUGCUCAAUACUGGCAGCGACCAAUCCUAAGGGAAAGUAUGAUCCGACGCGGGAUGUUGAGAUAAACAUUGCGUUGGCGAGUCCCUUGUUGAGUCGUUUUGACCUGGUGUUAAUCCUUUUGGACCGCGAAAAUGAGGACUGGGAUAGAUCCGUAUCUACCUUUAUCUUGGAUAUGGAGUCACAACUACCUGAAACCACACUGGUUGCAUCAUCAGAUGAAGAGAAGGCUGAAUUGUGGCCCUUAGAGAAGAUACAAGCUUAUAUCGCAUACGUCAAAGAGCAUCAGUCACCUCGCCUAACAGAAGGUGCCAACGACGUCCUUAAACGGUACUAUCAAGCUCAGCGAAAGACGGACUUACGAAACGCGGCACGAACGACAAUCCGCCUGCUUGAGAGUUUGAUCAGACUAUCACAGGCCCACGCACGCCUAUUGAAUCAAGCAGAAGUCAUGGUUCGCGACGCGGUCGUGGCUGUCAUGCUAAUGGAGGCGUCUUUGCAAAGCACCGCAAUCGGUGGGGUGGAGGGAAUGAAGAAUGCGCUUCAUGAUGGGUUUGCGGAAGACCCAGAUACCGAAUACCUCAAGCACGAGACUUUGAUUCUGAGAAAGCUAGGUCUCGAGCACUUACAGACUCAUGAAGAAGGCGGCUCUCCGGCAAAGGCUCAGAAUGAAAGAUCAGGAGAUCAGUCUGGCGAAGAAUCGUCUGACCAUGAGGAUGAUAGUGAAGAAGAGCACCCGUUAUGUUCGUGGGAACCAACGCCUGCGCGAAGUGUAACCAAGCGACGAUUGGACAUUGCAGAGCCAGAAAAUGAGAAGCGCAGCAAAGUUCGGGACCAUACUGAAAGUGAAGCCGAUGGAGAAGAUGUAAUGUCACAUCAGGGAUCCCAGGCGAGGUCUUCCAAGAGCACGGGGCAUGCCAGUCUCCGCCGCACUAUCAACCCGAAAUCGCAAAUCGGGCCUUCACAGGAGAAGGUACUACCCAUUGCAAAUUCGGGAGUGUCCCCACCCCACGUCCUACUUUCGUCACCAGCAAACGCAACUGACGACGAAAGUACCGAGCCGGACGUUAUGGCAGAGCUUGGGCUUUUGGGAAACAGCCUGCCAAACAUUGACCAAAAUGUGUCUCUUUUCAACUCUCUUGGCAUGUCACAAAUAGAUCGUAGAUCGGAUUUUGGUUAA